CCCCGACCCCGGCUCCGGGAGAAGAGGCUUCGCGCUGCUGUGUGGGGAGGGUGUGUGUGGAACCGGUCCCGCGUCCGCAGUGGCUGCUGUCGGGGGGUCGCCGGGUCGCCGAGGUGCCGAGACACUUCUGGGGGACCGAGCAGAUAACGGGGUCCGGGCGUCUGGUGUGUGAACACCCCAGGGUUUGUGGAUGCACUUAGAUGUUUGCAAUGAGCACUGUGGCUGGCAUGCCCCAGUGUUUUGGAUACCAAUGCAUAGGACUCCAUAGUAAUCGAAUUUACCAGAGGCGAACGUCAUGAGCAUAGUGAUCCCAUUGGGGGUUGAUACAGCAGAAGCGUCAUACUUGGAAAUGGCUGCAGGCUCAGAACCAGAAUCCGUAGAAGCUAGCCCUGUGGUAGUUGAGAAAUCCAACAGUUAUCCCCACCAGUUAUAUACCAGCAGCUCACAUCAUUCACACAGUUACAUUGGUUUGCCCUAUGCGGACCAUAAUUAUGGUGCUCGUCCUCCUCCAACACCUCCAGCCUCCCCUCCUCCAUCAGUUCUUAUUAGCAAAAAUGAAGUAGGCAUAUUUACCACUCCUAAUUUUGAUGAAACUUCCAGUGCUACUACAAUCAGCACAUCUGAGGAUGGAAGUUAUGGUACUGAUGUAACCAGGUGCAUAUGUGGUUUUACACAUGAUGAUGGAUACAUGAUCUGUUGUGACAAAUGCAGUGUUUGGCAACAUAUUGACUGCAUGGGGAUCAACAGGCAGCAUAUUCCUGAUACAUAUCUAUGUGAACGUUGUCAGCCUAGGAGUCUGGAUAAAGAGAGGGCAGUGCUACUACAGCGCCGGAAAAGGGAAAAUAUGUCAGAUGGUGAUACCAGUGCGACUGAGAGUGGUGAUGAAGUUCCCGUGGGCUUGUAUACUGCAUUUCAGCACACUCCAACUUCCAUUACCUUAACUGCUUCCAGAGUGUCCAAGGUCAAUGAUAAAAGAAGGAGAAAAAGUGGGGAGAAAGAACAGAACAUUUCAAAAUGUAAAAAGGCUUUUCGUGAAGGAUCUAGAAAGUCAUCAAGAGUUAAGGGUUCAGCUCCAGAAAUUGAUCCUUCAUCUGAUGGUUCUAAUUUUGGAUGGGAGACAAAAAUCAAAGCAUGGAUGGAUCGGUAUGAAGAGGCAAAUAAUAACCAGUAUAGUGAGGGUAUUCAGAGGGAGGCACAAAGAAUAGCUCUGAGAUUAGGCAAUGGAAGUGACAAAAAAGACAUGAAUAAAGCAGAAUUGAACAUCAACAAUUUGCUCUUCAAACCUCCUGUAGAGAGCCAUAUACAAAAGAAUAAGAAAAUUCUGAAAUCUGCCAAAGAUUUGCCUCCUGAUGCUCUUAUUAUUGAAUAUAGAGGGAAGUUUAUGCUGAGAGAACAGUUUGAAGCAAAUGGGUAUUUCUUUAAAAGACCAUAUCCUUUUGUUUUAUUCUAUUCUAAAUUUCAUGGGCUAGAAAUGUGUGUUGAUGCAAGAACUUUUGGGAAUGAGGCUCGGUUCAUCAGGCGUUCUUGUACACCCAAUGCAGAGGUGAGGCAUGAAAUUGAAGAGGGAACCAUACAUCUUUAUAUUUAUUCUAUCCAGAGUAUUCCAAAGGGCACUGAAAUUACCAUUGCCUUUGAUUUUGACUAUGGGAAUUGUAAGUACAAAGUGGAUUGUGCAUGCCUCAAGGAAAAUCCAGAGUGCCCUGUUCUGAAACGUAGUUCUGAAUCCACGGAAAACAUCCAUAGUGGUUAUGAAACUAGAAGGAAAAAAGGAAGAAAAGACAAAGAUAUUUCAAAGGAAAAAGAUACACAAAAUCAGAAUAUGACUGUGGAUUCUGAAGGAACAACCAACAAAAUAAAGAGCUCAGAAACAAAGCAGAGAAAACUUUCUCCACUGAGAUUAUCAGUAUCCAACAAUCAGGAACCAGAUUUUAUUGAUGAUAUAGAAGAAAAAACUCCAAUUAGCAAUGAAGUAGAAAUGGAAUCAGAGGAGCAGAUUGCAGAAAGGAAAAGGAAGAUGACAAGAGAAGAAAGGAAAAUGGAAGCAAUUUUGCAAGCUUUCGCCAGACUUGAAAAAAGAGAGAAGAGAAGAGAACAAGCUUUGGAAAGGAUCAGCACAGCCAGAACAGAAGUUAAAGCGGAAUGCAGAGACACACAGGUUGCCAGUGAUGCUGAGGUUACUCAGGAACAAGCGAAAGAAGAGGCUGCUAACAAGCCUGCCCCUGCCAGAGUGAACAGAGCCAAGCAGAGGAAAAGCUUCUCUCGCAGCAGGACGCACAUCGGGCAGCAACGCCGGAGACACAGAACGGUCAGCAUGUGCUCCGACGUCCAGCCACCCUCGCCCGACGUCGAGAUCACGACACAGCCACACGAGGUUGAAAACCCUGUGCUCGUCAUAGAGCCAGACACGGAAACUGCAGUGGCAGAGAUAGUCACUGAGACCGAAGCUCCAGCACUUCAUAAAUGUCCUCUGAAGUACCCCAAAACAAAGAAGCACUUGGUCAGUGAAUGGUUAAGUGAGAAGAACGAGAAGACAGGAAAACCUUCAGAGAGCCUUUCUGAAAGGCCUCUGCGAAUAACUACAGAUCCAGAAGUGUUGGCCACACAGCUCAACUCUCUGCCGGGUCUCACCUACAGUCCCCAUGUGUACUCUACUCCCAAGCAUUAUAUUAGGUUUACCUCACCAUUCCUCUCAGAAAAAAGGAGAAGAAAAGAACCUACUGACAAUGCUUCUGGCUCAUGCAAAAAGCGAUGGUUGAAACAGGCUCUGGAAGAAGAAAAUUCAGCAAUUUUACAUAGAUUUAACUCGCCCUGUCAAGAAAGAUCCAGAAGUCCUAUAGUCAAUGGGGAAAAUAAAAGCCCACUACUAUUAAAUGAUAGCUGCUCUCUCCCAGAUUUAACUACACCACUAAAAAAACGAAGACUUUAUCAAUUGCUAGAUUCUGUUUACUCAGAAAGCUCCACACCUACUCCUUCACCGUAUGCCACACCAACUCAUGCAGACAUUGCUCCUACGGACCCUGCAUUUGCCACUCCUCCACGGGUAAAAGCAGACGAUGAGACCUGUAGAAAUGGUUACAAACCCAUAUAUUCACCAGUCACCCCGGUCACCCCGGGCACACCAGGAAACACCAUGCACUUUGAGAAUAUUUCUUCCCCAGAAAGUUCUCCAGAAAUAAAGAGACGCACUUACAGUCAAGAGGGAUAUGAGAGAUCUGCUACCCUGUUAACAUUGGGGCCUUUCAGAAAUUCCAGUGUAACUGAGCUGGGUCUGCAAGAAAUAAAGACUAUUGGUUACGCCAGCCCUAGGAGCAGGACUGAGGCCAGUAGGCCGGGCCUCGGCGAGAAGGAGCCCGCGACAGAUCUGCACCCGGGGCUCGACACGGGGGAGCCGGCCGCCCUACUCAAAACCAUGGAGGCGCCUGCGCACGACAGGCCCGAGCCGGCGGUUGCGCUGGACUCCAGCCACCCGGGCCGGGCCGCGCUGUACCCGCCCUGGGUGAAGAGCCCCGACAGAGCCGGCGUCAGCUUCUCCGUGAACUCCAACCUCAGGGACCUGACGCCCUCGCACCAGCUGGAGGUUGGAGGCGGCUUCCGAGUAAGUGAGUCCAAGUGCCUGACGCAGGAGGACUCCAGAGCCGUGUUCCUGGAGGCGGCUGUGUUCUGCCCCGCCGAAGACGGGCUGCUCUCGGGCUUCGGGCGGACCGUGACUGACGCUCUGAUGGACGGGAGCUGCACCCCCCAGAAUCCACCCCAAAAGAAAAAGGUUUCCCUCUUAGAGUACCGAAAGAGGCAGCGGGAAGCCCAGAAGAGCGGCUCUAAGGCGGACGGCUUCCCUCUGGUCAGCGCGCUGCCCGGCGCCGGCGGGAGCCUGAGCAGCAGCGACUGCGCACCAGGCUCGGACAGCGGGGAGCAGGCGGAGAACGGCGCCCGCCUCCCGCCGCCAACGCCCGUGGCGGCCUUAAGCGCUGGGGAGGAGAUGGGCGCCGACUGUCCGGUGAGAGACGCCACGGCCAGCGCCAGCGAGAAGAGCGAGCCGGAAGUGCAGUGGACUGCCUCCACCUCAGUGGAACAAGUGAGAGAAAGGAGCUACCAGAGAGCUUUACUGCUCAGCGAUCACAGGAAAGACAAGGACAGCGGGGGAGAAUCACCAUGUGUCUCAUGUUCCCCGAGCCAUGUUCAGUCCUCACCUUCAUCUCAUUCAAAUCACAUUCCCCAGUUGCAACCCAAGGGCCUAGGCCCUCUCAGUGAACUCGUGGAAGACCCUGAUCCGGAAAAUCCUGAACCCACAACUACAAACGAAUGUCCAUCCCCAGAUACUUCUCAAAACUCUUGUAAAAGCCCUUCAAAGAUGAACAAGCCUAGCUCCCCGGGACCGGGGACCCCUGCUCCGCAGCCGCAGCACGGGAAGCCACUCUGCAAACCCGAGCCCCCCUGGGAGGCGGCGGAGGCCGAGCUCAGCGCUGCGCUCCGGACGGAGCUGCCCACGCCCGCCCUGGGUCCGGCCCCGGGCAAGAGCCAGCGGCCGCCCUGCGCCCCGUCCCCGCCCACGCAGCUCGGCUCCCCGUACCGGCCGCACCUCGCCCCGUCGCCCCAGCUCGGGGCCCCUCCACCGCCGCGGGAGCCGCCCCGGAACCCGCCGCACCCCGCCGCGCCGCUCUUCCCGGCCGCCCACCCCGCCGUGCCGCCCUACCACGCCGCCGGGGCCGGGCCCGGGCCGCACUGUCCCCUGCCCGUGGCAGGGCCCCACCUCCAGCCCCAAGGACCAAACAGUAUCCCGCCGCCCGCCGCCCCAGGCUUCUGCCCCCACCCCGGCUCCGUGGCCCUGCCGCACGGGGUGCAGGGGCCGCAGCAGGCCUCGCCCGUGCCCGGGCAGAUCCCCAUCCACAGAGCACAGGUGCCGCCCACAUUUCAGAACAGCUACCACGGCUCGGGGUGGCACUAGAGCGGACUCGUCUCAAAAACAUUUUUUAAAAUGUUGUGUAAGAUAAACUGUAUAUUUCAUAUGUACCUAUCAAGGUACUUUUUAAAGCUUGUACAUGAAACUUUGUAUAAAAAAACACCAGUGCUCUUUCAUUGUAUUUUUCCCAUUUUUGCUUUUUAAAAUUUCUUUUAAACUGUGCUGUUAAACCAGUAUUAGGGAUCUUUAUUUUGUAAGUGAACAUUCCAGCUGUUCUUCUGGCAGUAGAUUCGAUGCUCCAUGACCUUUAAAUUUUAUUGUUGCACUUAAUUCAUUUAGUGAAUGUCUAUUAUUUUAUACAUAUGCAUUAAGUACACAGCUAUGUAACGGCACUAUGAGGAUUUUCUUUUGGGGGGGGUUCAGCAGUUCUGUGAGAGUGCAUCUUAGGUAUAAAAAUGCAACACAGAUUUUCUUUUAUAGUUUGGUGUGGAUAUGGCUCAUUUUAUCAGUUAUUUCCAAGCAAAAUGUAAUUUAAUGUAUAGAUGAUUUCUAAUGUCUGACAGACUGUAAAUACUACAUUUCUUUUGCGUAUAUAAUUGCUUACUGCUUUUUUCAUUUGAUAUAUAGCAUUGUACAUAUGACAAGUCUUUUGAAAAACUGUGUGAUCUUUGUGAAAGUAGUACAGUAUAUGAUCUUUAAUUUCUUUUUUAUUUUAAAUAUACUGUCACAUUGAAGCACUGGUUGGGCAUUUUAAUUCAUGUUAAUAAAUCACAAUUAUGUCAGUUUUACCAAAUUGUCCUGUACAGCUAACUUAUAAAUUGGGGUCUGCUUAAGUGCUUUUAUAAAAGUUAUGGUUUUUGAAUAUAA